AUGGGUGUUUUUGUGCAUCGCUCCAUCAUCUCAAUUAGCAUCGGAAAACGUCGACCAAUGGGACAGCGGCAAGCGAAGCAACAAAUGCAGGCCGGCGUCAAACUCUAUCAUCAGCGGCACUAUGCGCAGGCGAUCAACAAAUGGAGGCAAUCGUUGAAUCGAUUAAACAACACGGAGGACCGCUUCAUCACACUCGGCUAUUUGGCGCAGGCGCUUUGCGAUCAGGGCGGAUACGAGGGGAUGUUGUCGUACGCGUUGGCGCAAAUGCAGCUCGCCACCGAUGAAAACGAUUCGGCGAUGAAGUGCGAGGCGUUUCUGAAUCUCGCCAAAGCUUAUGAGCGACUCGCCGAUUUCACGAAAGCGUUGCAGUAUGGGAAAGCGUCGCUCGAGCAUCCGUCGAUGGAUCCGAGAACGCCUGGCUACGCGCAUCUGACGAUUGCUUUGGCUUAUCUGGGAAUGUCGCAAUUUCAACAGUGCCUUGAAAGCUUCGAGUCUGCAAUGAAUGUGGCGAAUGAGACGAGCGAUCGAUUGCUGGAAUUGCAGAUUUGCGUGGGAUUAGGAUCAUUAUUUACUUUAUUAAGGGACAUCACCAAAGCUUUGAUAUUUUUGCGAAACGCGCUCGCGAUUGUGCAAUCGGUUACGGUCGACGAUGUGCACGCCAAAUAUCGAUGCUUGAUUUUGUAUCAUUUGUCCGUCGCUCUGCGAAUGAAAGGAAGCUUGGUUGAUGCGAAAGAAGCUUGCGAUGAAGCUUCUCAACUUGCAACCGAAACAGGAAAUCGGGCGAUUCAUGCGCGAUGCAUGUGCAGUUUGGCCGACAUUUAUCGCGAACUCGGCGAGAGUGAAGCGAAAGAGACGAUUACGAAGUCCUGGGCCAGAUAUGAAGACGCUUAUCGAGUGAUGCGCGCCGCAAAUGAUCGCAUGGGCGAGGUUCUCGUGCUUUCCUCAAUGGCCAAAAGUGCAUCUGAAAGUCGAUCCCAUUACACUGGGCAGUGUGAAUGUCAGGCAAUUCAGCUCAACAAGAAGUGCAUCGAAAUUGCGAAUCAAAUCGGAUGCAAACACGUGGUUCUGAAAUGCCAUCUAAGGCUCGCCGAGCUUUAUUCCCAGUUGAAUGACGAUGACAGUGAGGAGACCGCGAGACGAGCUGCCAGUCGCCUCACCCAGGAAAUGCAAUUGUUUUGCAAUUUCUGCGGACAACGAUAUGGCCUGAAUGACGAGAGCCUCCAAGCGCUUCGGUGUUCACAUAUCUUUCACGAAAGAUGCCUUCACACAUAUCUCAUGCAGCGAACCGAUCAGACGUGCCCGAAAUGUCGAUGUCGUGCGGUUCUCUCGGACAACAUCUCGGUGCGAUCGUCGAUUGCGUCAACCGCCGACAUUCAGAGUCCUAGCACUUCGUAUGCACCGCCUGGAGGCGUCGCAACACCGUUGGUUAGUGUUGCUGGCGAGUUGGGAGACAUCACGCCGCAGGCGACGCUCACCAGAAGGAAUCAUGAAAAAAUGAUGAGAAGCAGCACUGAGAAGGAUAUCGAUCGAGUCGAUCGCUCGUUGGCUCGCGGCAAAUCGCAGAACCAGUCGAACGAAUCCGAAACGCCGUCGGCGACGCUGAAAUCGAGCCAGAAUCACAAGCCGCCCCCACCGCCGCGAAAGCCGUGCUGCUCGCAGGCCGCACUUCCGCCGUCAUCGAUCGUCGCCCUUCCGCCGGCGAUGCCGCUCGCUGAAGAUGGUCCGCUGGUGAUCACGCAUACGCCAACCGUCACCGACGUCUAG